AUGCCUGCCCAAAUACCAGAACUGGAGACAAUGGAUGAAGAUAAAAUGAUUAAAGAAGUCUUGGAUAAGUUUGUUAAUUGCCAUGAGCAAACAUAUGAAGAAUUUCUGAGCACCUUUACUUAUCUUUCAAAAGAGGAUAACGUGCCCCAAGGAGACUUAUUUGGAACCAGAUCUUCAGAAGACAUAUUUAAUUCAGUACAUUUUACUCAUGAAAAUGAACCAGAUGAUCACUGCCUUAGGAGUAAAGCCAUCUUCCUUCGUACUUCAUCACAGUCUUCAGAAGAGGAGCAGAUGGUGCUGGAUGAAGGCCAACGAGUUGGCAGUUCCUUUGGAGGUGACCUGAAUUGGGCGGGAAAGGUGAAGGUAGAUAAUUUCCUAGAAGUGGAAGAUUUGGACAUGGAUGAAGAGAUUAAGCCCCAAAUGAGCAAGGAUGUGCCGCUGCUGCCCGGGGAAGUGGAGGACGUAAGCACCCACAUUCCUCCUGGAAUUCCUCCCGCAGCUGACAUUCUUCCUGCUGCCGCCCAGGCUCUGACCCCUGCAGUCAACCCAAGGCCCACAGUGGAAGGAGCAGACAAGCAGAAGGACAAGACACUCGGGGAUGAAGUUCAGCCCUUCAGUCUUGAUGAAGAAUUUGAUUAUGACAGUGUGAUACUAACCCCCAAGUUCACUGCCGCAGAGAUAGAAGCCAUCAAAGAACAACUAUCCAAGCACAAGCGAGAGAACACCAACUUGGACUUGGAGGAACCGCGUGACUGA